AUACGGCCCAACAUCAACCCCCAUGGAUCCCCCUCAAUGAAUCAUUUCUCUCGCUUCCCCCUUGGACGCGUCUUCUGUCUUUUUUCAGGACCUGUCCACAUUGUUCCCUCUAGUCGAUUCAUGCGCAACAUGGCCACCGCUACGAUCAACCCGCCGCGUGAUCCCAACACGCUGAGCAACUACAACAAUUGGCGCUCCACCCACAUCACCGCCAAUUUUGACAUUCUGUUUGACCAGAAGAAGCUGGUGGGCAAUGUAGUCCAUCAGUUCAAGUCCAUUACCGAUGGCGAGUCCCGGGAAAUCAUCUUGGACACCAGCCAUCUCGACAUUGGUGUGAUCAAGGUGGAUGGCCAGCCAUCCAAGUGGGAGCUUUUGGCCCCUCUGGAGCCCUUUGGCACUCCGUUGAAGAUUACCCUUGGCCAAGGCGUGAAGCUGAACGGGACGGUCGAGGUGGAUAUUGCCGUCAAGACGACCAAGAAAUGCACGGCACUCCAGUGGUUGACGCCUGCGCAAACAUCAAAUAAGAAACACCCAUACAUGUUCUCCCAGUGCCAGGCGAUCCACGCGCGGUCGAUUUUCCCAUGUCAGGAUACACCGGAUGUCAAGAGCACCUUUGACUUCAAUAUUAACUCUUCGCUCCCGGUCAUGACCAGUGGAUUGCCUAUCCGGCAAUCCUCGCUGACCUCCCAUUCAGGGAGCCAACUGUAUCGUUUCCAUCAGUCGGUCCCGAUCCCCAGCUAUCUAUUUGCCAUCGCAAGCGGAGACGUUUCGGAGGCCCCCAUUGGACCCCGGAGUGUGGUUGCCACUAGCCCUGACAGGUUGGAUGAGUGCAGAUGGGAAUUGGAAGCGGACACGGAGAACUUCAUCAACACUAUUGAGAAAAUCGUUUAUCCCUACGUCUGGGGAGAGUACAACGUCUUGAUUCUGCCGCCAAGUUUCCCGUAUGGUGGGAUGGAAAACCCGAUCUUCACCUUCGCGACUCCCAGUAUCAUCUCCAAAGACCGCGAAAAUGUCGAUGUCAUCGCACACGAAUUGGCCCAUAGCUGGAGUGGCAACUUGGUCACUAAUGCCUCGUGGGAACAUUUCUGGCUGAACGAGGGCUGGACUGUUUAUCUUGAAAGACGGAUCUUGGCUGCCAUUCAUGGAGAGCCGUACCGUCACUUCUCAGCCAUCAUCGGGUGGAAGUCUCUGACAGAUUCCGUCACACAUUUUGGCCCCGAUCAUGAAUUCACCAAGCUAGUGACCGACUUGAAAGGCAAGGACCCUGAUGACGCAUUCUCGAGCGUUCCUUACGAGAAGGGCUUCAAUUUCCUGUUUCACCUCGAGAAUCUUGUGGGCAAGCAGAAGUUCGACAAGUUUAUGCCUCACUACUUCACCACUUUUAAGGGCAAAUCCCUUGACUCGUAUGAGUUCAAAGCUACGAUUUUGGACUUCUUCAAGUCGGAUGCGGAGGCAUCUCAACUUUUGAAUGAACUGGACUGGGACGCAUGGUUCUACUCUCCUGGUCUGCCACCCAAGCCGCGCUUUGACACGUCGCUGGUGGAUGUGGUCUAUGAACUUGCGCGGAAAUGGCAGUCUCUCCCGGACCCAUCUUUCAAACCACAGGCGAGCGAUAUCGACGGCUUAACUGCGAACCAGCUAGUUGUUUUCUUGGAGCAGAUUCUCCUCCUGGAGCGGCCGCUCAGCCCUGAACUGUCAAAGCUCAUGGGCGAUGUCUAUGGACUCUCCAAGAGCGAGAAUAUCGAGGUGUCGAACCUCUAUUUCCAAGUUGGCAUGAAGGCUGGUGAUGAAACUGUGAUUGAGCCCACAACGGAGUUGCUGGGCCGAAUUGGAAGGAUGAAGUUUGUGCGGCCUCUUUACCGUAAUCUUCAGAAGAUCAAUCGGCCCAUCGCUCUCGAGACUUUCGAAAAGUACAAGGACUUCUACCAUCCGAUCUGUCGAGGCAUGGUGGAGAAGGACCUCUUUGCCAAAAAGGACUAA